GGCAAACAUGUGUCUAGGUACACCAACUCACUCGACGAUGCCUACGAGUCUGGGCCCCUCCCGCGCCCCGGGCGUAGUCCCCACCGAGCCUUGCAAAUAUGUUGCAAUCUUUAACACGCGUGGUUCGACCUGCUUCUACUGUGAUAUUUCAGCUUAUACGCUCCAAUCUAGGAAGAGGUGACGACAUCCCGUGAUACGACGAUUUCCAGGGACCUAGCGUGUCUCUACGAAUAAGCGAACCUUCAUCGAUUCUGUUGCCAUCCCCUCGUCGCAUGCAGGGUGAUAAAUUUACGUCUCCAGAAGAUAUAAAAACCUCUUCCGUGACACCUACAUGUCCACCACCACUACUCCCAGCUCUUCGUACCUCUGAAUCAUGCCUGCUGCUUUCACCCACCAGUUCGACAAUGCCCUUUUCAAGGGCUUCACCACCGUCAACACUGGCUUGUUCAUCAACGGCAAAUUCGUAGACUCCGUUGACGGAGCUACUCUCGACGUUUACGACCCCUCGACCGGCAAGGUCAUCACCAAAGUCGCAGCUGGAUCCGCCAAGGACGUAGACCUUGCCGUCCAGGCAGCAAAGACCGCGUUCAAGAACUCCUGGGGGUUGAAGGUCCCCGGUCAGGAGCGUGGCCGCCUCCUCGGCAAGCUGGCCGACCUCAUCGAGAAGAACGUCGACGAGCUCUCUGCUCUCGAGGCCCUCGAUGCUGGCAAGCCUUUCCUCCAGGCCAAGACCAUGGACCUGGCCGCGGUCAUCUCCACUAUUCGUUACUUCGCCGGUUGGGCCGAUAAGAACUCUGGAAAGACGAUCGAGACCACCGAAGCCAAAUUUGCCUACACCCGCCACGAGCCGAUCGGCGUUUGCGGACUGAUUGUCCCAUGGAACUUCCCAUUGAUGAUUGCUAGCUGGAAGAUCGGCCCGGCUCUCGCGACCGGUAACACCAUCGUCCUCAAGCCCGCUGAGGUCACUUCGCUUACCGCGCUUCGCCUGGCCGAGCUCGUUGUUGAGGCCGGAUUCCCUGAUGGAGUCUUCAACGUCGUCCCCGGUGUUGGUUCCGUCGCCGGCCAGGCCCUCACCGAGCACAAGGAUGUUGGCAAGGUCUCCUUCACGGGCAGCACACUCAUUGGCCGCAAGAUCAUGGAGACUGCGGCGAAGACGAACUUGAAGCGCGUCACACUCGAGCUCGGCGGCAAGAGCCCGGCGAUCAUCUUCGACGAUGCGAACCUCGAGCAGGCGAUCAAAUGGGCCGCGGGCGGCAUCUUCAUGCACAGUGGUCAGGUCUGCGCCGCCGGCUCGCGCAUCUUCGUCCAGGAAGGCAUCUACGACAAGUUCGUCGAGAUCUUCAAGGGCGCGGCGCAGUCGUUCAAGCGCGGCGACAACUUUGACGCGAGCGUGAAUCAGGGGCCGUUAGUCUCGCAGACGCAGCUUGAGCGUGUGUUGGGCUUCAUCGAAUCUGGCAAGCAGCAGGGUGCGAAGCUAGAGGUCGGCGGCACCAAGACGGGUAGUGCGGGCUACUUUGUUGAACCGACGAUAUUCACCAAUGUCAAGCCGGAGAUGAAGAUUGUCCGUGAGGAGAUCUUCGGCCCUGUCGCCGUCAUCGUCAAGUUCAAGACCGAGGAAGAGGUUAUCGAGCUCGCGAAUGACACCGUCUACGGUCUAUCCUCCAACAUCUUCACCCAGAACCUCAACUGUGCGCUCCGCGUCGCCCACUCGCUCGAGGCUGGUAGUGCAUACAUUAACCAGGCAUCUAUUCCUGAUUUCGCGGUGUCGUUCGGUGGCGUCAAGCAAUCUGGCUUCGGAAAAGAUAUGGGAGAGUACGCUCUCGAGUCGUACACCCAAGUCAAGGCGGUUCAUAUCAACCUCGGCCUCAAGCUCUAACUGACGAAAUGUCUCUGUAUAUCUAGAAACCAACCUUAUAAAAAUGUAUAAUAAGGGAUAUAGUAAAGCUAGAUGAGUCUGGAUCUCCACGACGGCGAAGAACUGGUUAGCGUCGAGCUCCUGACCGCUUUAGAUCGGUCGCUUUAUGAGCUACGUCGAGAGUGUCUUGCCAAAUCGUAACAGGGAGCAUGUGAGCUGAAUUUGCACUACAAGUUGCGGCUACCUUCCCAUUCAUUCAAUCAUAGGGUGCGACAAAAGCGGACGCACGAGCUGGUCAAACGUCUGGCCGCCGAGCCUGCGAUACAGCGUCUUCAGUGUGAAAGCGCGCGGAUACAAGCCACACGCCAGAACUCGUGAUAGAAAUAUCUGUUUGGCCAAGCGAGUGCCAUGACCAUCUAGAAUCGAUUUGUGCAUUU